AUGACGAGUGAAUCUGAAGCGAUUCUUACUCAGUUUAAAAAGGAUCUUGGUAGUUUGAAAGACAAUGAUAAAUACAAAAUAAAUGCUCUCACAUUUUGUGCAAGAGACUACAAGUCAAUUGUCGGCGUUCCAGAAGGGAUAGUGGCUGCGACGACCGCCCACGUUUUGGCUAUCCCCUCGGGACUGAAGCUUCUGGGCUUGUACGUUAUCGAUUCGAUUGUAAAAAAUGUGGCCUCACCCUAUCGCAAAUUGUACACUAAAAACAUCGUCGACCUCUUUGUGCAUGCAUUUCAAGCGAUUCGCGACGAAAAUGGCCGAAUUAAGCUUUUUAAUCUUCGUUCCACAUGGAAGGAGAUUUUUCCUAAUGAGAAAAUGCACUCAUUGGACCUAAUGGUACGCAAGCAGGACCCAGCUUGGCCCCUCCUUGUAACUGCGGAGAGUAAACCUGUCCCCAAGGCUCUUCCAUCCGUGCCAAAAGUGUCCAAAACAAAACCCAUUGAUUCUGAGUCUAAGACAACCUCAGAGGACUCGUCGAGUCCUCAAACACCACAAACUAGUGAGGUUGUCAUCGCUCCCUCGCGCGACCCCCGUAUUAACCGCAAGAGGAAGGUCCCAGAAGAAACAAUUGACAGCCAAUUUCUCAUAGAUAGGGAUGGUGACAGCAAAAUGGAGUCGGUAGCUCGAAAACAAGGUAAAAAGGACGAAGUCAAACAAGUCAAGAAACCCAACGCCCUUUCUUUGUUUAGCGGCAAAGACCAAGACAUGCGCCCGCCCCAAGUGGCACAUCCCAAUGUCCGACCAUUACCUUCACCUGCGCGUACUAAUAUAUGGUCAAGUUAUUUUGACAAAAACAGCGAGCUUUGUUCCAGACGUGAGUCUCAAGAUAUUGACAUGCGUUUUGGCUGCUCAAAUAUGACCGCUGAGAACACUGCGCCAGUUCCCUCAGCCUCUGGGCCCUUGUCUUCAUCUCCGAAUAUAUCGGGCCAUUCUCUCCCCUAUGCGAACGCAUUACCUGUACCUUCAUCCGCUCCGAUGUCGUCGCAGGUUUCCUUUGUCGACAACCUCCAGGUCCCAGCUCAGGAUAAUUUCAUGGCUCCUCGCCGAAUCGAUCCACGAAUGCUUUCUCUGGUACCCACUCCAAAACACACUCGCCAAAUAACCAUUGAUGAUCAACGGUAUCCGCUGAUUCUCGAUCGCGUUCAACCACUCAUUAAAGUUGAUGAUCACCUCCAUGCCGUCCGUUUUCGGUGUGAGUACCUGACGGUUAUCAUUGACAACCGAACGUUUACAAUUCCGGGGACGGGAUACACCCGUGUAUUUGCUGCGUCCAAGGAGAGGAUCGCCUACCUGGGUGGCCCUGGCCAUGAAAUAAUAAUUGAUGGGAAACCCCAUACAAUCCCAUUCAAUUCGCAUCUCACCUUCAUAAACGUGGAUAAGCAAACGGUAUCGGUAAAGUUUGUUGGUGAUUUCCCGCAAGAUAUAAACGUGCUUCCGGCCAUUGCACCUAAAUUGCUUGACUGGGCUGCACAGGGCCUUUUCGGUCCUGCCUCUAGCCUCAAUUUGGCUCCACUUAACCCUCUAAAUGAACUGACUCGACUUGCCACUGGGUGUAAACAAGAAGAGGCGAGGUCAGCUCCAGAACCCUCUCCCCCGAAACCGGAACCCUUGGAAACCAAACCACCCGUGAGUCAGCCUCCUCCUACUAGCAAAACCCAACCUACUCUUCCGGACCCUGCGCCAGUUGCUUUGCCGUCACUGGAUAUUCACGAGCUUUUUCAAAAACUUGUUGCUGCUGGAAUCGUAUCGAAUCCUGUUGAACCUUCUGAGCCCCCACCGGUUGAAACUCCACCUGAUAUCCAGGAAUAUGCGUGGGAAAAGUUUCGCGUCCCAUUUCCACAUGAGAUUGAUGCUCUUUACAGUGGAUAUCAGUGUGUACAGUGUGGAGUACGAUUCGAAAAUGAGAGUUCACCGGAUUUUGCCAAACACUUGGACUACCAUUACGUAAAGAAUUCGGCCGAACACCGAGACCGACAGAGUCGCACCUACUACCAAUCCUACCAUUAUUGGCUCAUGAGUGAAAUGUCUCGAGACGGUGCCCCGCAAUUCAAGGAUACAGUUGAAGUUGAGGAGGAGGAACCAAAGUGUCCUGCCUUCACUGACCCGGCCCUUAAUGUUUGUGCGGUCUGCUUUGAAAAAUUCGAUCCAUUCUGGGAUCAGGAUGAGGAAGAGUGGAUGCUCCGGGGCGCUGUAUUGGUUGGUGAUAAGGUCUAUCACCCCAUUUGCCAGGAAGACGCUGAACGCUCUACAGAGAAGGGGGAGCAGUCAGCAGAACCUACACAGGGUUCUCUCAGUGAUGACCAGAAUGUCCCUCCCCCUGCUCCAUCAGAGUCUCCCCACACCGCUGUUUCAGUUAAACAUGAACAAAUAGAUAAUAAUUCUGACUUUGAUUCUCAGACUCCGCUUACCGAUCGAGCUCAACCACAUCGAACUGCUAGUUUACCCUCGUUGAGCACACUUGUCCCACUUAAAGAAGAGGAUACACCAGUUUUUCAUAGCCCCGUGUACAAACGUGAAGACGAGUCUUCGUCUAAAUGCGUAAUCCCAGGUCUUUCACCACCGCACUCUCCGGCAUCUGCUGAUGUAGAUAACACUGAUAAAACU